CUCGGCGGAGUCCGGAUGGAGGACUCGGACUCGGCCGCCAAGCAGCUGGGCCUGGCCGAGGCGGCGGCGGUGGCGGCCGCGGCCGCUGUGGCGGCGGCGGCCGCGGCCGCGGCGGGCGGCGAGGCGGAGGAGCCGGUGCUGAGCCGGGCCUCGGACUCGGAGGAGGACGCGGACUCGGAGGCGGAGCGCGAGACGCGGCGGGUCACGGCCGUGGCGGUGAUGGCGGCCGAUCCCGGGCACAUGGACAUGAGCGCCGAGGCCCUGCCCGGCCCCGACGAGGCCGCCGCCGCCGCCGCCUUCGCAGAAGUGACCACAGUGACAGUGGCCAACGUUGGGUCCUCUGCAGACAAUGUCUUCACAACGUCAGUGGCAAACGCAGCGUCCAUCUCAGGACAUGUCCUGUCUGGUAGGACAGCUCUUCAGAUUGGGGACAGCCUUAACACAGAGAAGGCCACGCUGAUCGUAGUCCACACAGAUGGGAGCAUCGUGGAGACAACUGGGCUGAAGGGUCCCGCAGCCCCGCUCACCCCAGGUCCUCAGUCUCCUCCGACUCCGUUGGCACCAGGCCAGGAGAAGGGUGGCACCAAGUACAACUGGGACCCCUCGGUGUAUGGCAGUGAGCUGCCUGUGCGCUGCCGGAACAUCAGCGGCACGCUCUACAAGAGCAGGCUCGGCUCAGGCGGCCGCGGCCGGUGCAUCAAGCAGGGGGAGAACUGGUACAGCCCCACGGAGUUCGAGGCCAUGGCAGGAAGAGCCAGCAGCAAAGACUGGAAGAGGAGUAUCCGCUACGCGGGCAGACCUCUCCAGUGCCUCAUCCAGGAUGGGAUUUUAAACCCUCACGCCGCCUCUUGCACCUGUGCCGCCUGCUGUGAUGAUAUGACCCUGAGUGGUCCCGUGAGGCUGUUUGUUCCUUACAAAAGGCGCAAGAAGGAGAACGAACUGCCGGCCACGCCCAUGAAGAAAGAGUCCCCCAAGAGCAUCGCGCUCCUCCCGGCCACGGCAGCCGCCGCCUUCACUGUGACGCCCUCAGGACAGAUCACUACCUCUGGGGCACUGACCUUCGACCGGGCUUCCGCUGUGGAGGCCACUGCUGUCAUAUCAGAGGGUCCCACCCAGGGCGAUGUCUUCGCUGGAGCCACGGUGCAGGAGGCCGGGGUGCAGCCCCCAUGCAGGGUCGGCCACCCUGAGCCUCACUACCCCGGCUUUCAGGACAGCUGCCAGAUUGCCCCGUUCCCAGAAGCCGCUCUGCCAACGUCACAUCCCAAAAUAGUCCUGACAUCCCUGCCUGCCCUAGCAGUGCCGCCUUCCACCCCCACCAAAGCUGUCUCCCCCGCGGUGGUCAAUGGGCUGGAGAUGUCAGAACCGCGGAGCUGGUUGUACCUGGAAGAGAUGGUCAACUCUCUGCUCAGCACUGCACAGCAGCUGAAGACAGUGUUUGAACAGGCCAAGCAGGCCAGCUCCUGCCGUGAGGCCGCUGCGACCCAGGCCAGAAUGCAGGCCGAUGCCGAGCGGAAAGAGCAGUCCUGUGUGAACUGUGGCCGGGGAGCCAUGAGUGAGUGCACGGGGUGUCACAAGGUCAACUACUGCUCCACCUUCUGCCAGCGCAAGGACUGGAAAGACCACCAGCACAUAUGUGGCCAGUCCACUUCAGUCACUGUCCAGGCGGACGAAGUCCACGUGGAGGAGAGUGUGAUUGAGAAGGUCACUGUGUGACGCGGGUCCUCCCCGCACCGUGUCCCAGGUCAGGACUCCCCAAGGCUGGGGAAGGCCCUGGGAAGGCAAAGAAACUUGCUGGACAAGUAAUUAACAGAUCGAGUGGCUGUGCCCUUGGACAUGAACUCCCAACCAGAGACUCGGGAAAUAUGCGUGUCACUGUGCCCUUGGCAUUGGACUACCAUGGAGACCUGAGGCGUGUUGGUGGCCUGUGGCCCGGGUCCUCGCCCAGCCCGGUGCUCUUUCAUCCCUCGUGUGUCAGUGUGUGUACAUACAUGUGUGUCUGUCGAUGGAGUUGUAAAUAAAGUCCCCACCCCGUCAGUCAACUCAGCCCUGGGACCUGAGUCACACACACAGUGCUCCAAGGCCCUCCUGAUCACCCAGACGGCACGCUCCACUCCGGCGCCACGGCCCCUCAUGUGCGGCAGGGGCCUCUGCAGUGACAGGAGUGUCAGCUUCACCUCCUCAGCCAGCACUGGACAGGCGCAGUGCAACCCUGAGGACACGCCCCACCAUCUGUCUUUGAGCAGAAAUGGUCCUGUGAGGAUGGAGCCAGCCCCUCUUGUUCCCCGCAGCCCUGGCCUGAGGUGCGCAGAGGACUCUCAGAAGGUGCCAGAGCAGCCUGGGUCCUGCAGUGAAAUGUCCAGCUUGCUGAUUUGAGCUUCCGCA